AUGGCAUCUCGGCUGCGAUGGAGCCAUCGUAUGACAGCAAGUACUCGAUUCAAAUCCAUGGCGACAGCCGAGAGCCAACAAGAACAGAACAGCAGCUUGGCAUCACCGUCUAUUUCCAGUGUCAAUACCAAUCAUUCAUUAAUAAAAGUUCCUUCCGUACCCAUUUUUGGAUCGACUCUUUCCAUGUUUUCUGGAACGCCACCUUUGAACAAGAACAAAUUUUUGCAAUGGUGGGCAGCUCUGCAUGACAGCUAUGGUGAUUUCUAUCAAAUUGGCAUUCCCGGCAUUGGAGCUGGUCAACAAGGGAUUACUCAUGUCAUUUCAGAUCCCAAAGAAAUGAUGAAAGUUCUCAAACAGGAAGGAACACACCCCAGUGGAUUGGUGGAAGCUCACUGGGCAACUAAAGCCUAUUUCAAUGACCGAGGCUAUGCCGUGGCUGAAAUGUACUCUCGGGGGGAAUGA